CUUCUCCACUUGUCGCAUCAUGUCUGCUCCACACAAUCGCACACGUGUAGGGGGUCGCGGUCGUGGCCGUGGCUUCGGCGGCAGUGGCCCGCGCUUGCAGAAGCGAAAGGCCGAGGCCGACGCUACGCCCGGCGACCGUACCCCAGCCUUUCCCUCUGGUGUUAUGACGCCGGUCUCGACCGUCGCACAGGCUACCACAGAGACGCGCUUUGCCGACUUCAAGGGCAUCAGCCCCCAGCUUCUAGCUAAGAUUCCCUUCGAGUUUUGCACUGAGGUGCAAGCCGCAACUCUGCCCGCCAUCAUUGCGAACCGCGACGUACUCGCGCAAGCAAAGACCGGCACAGGCAAGACGAUGGCCUUCCUCGUCCCUUCAAUUCAGCGCAUGAUAUCCGCCCCGCAUCCCAACCAGGCCCAUACAUCCAUUCUUGUGCUCUCGCCGACGCGCGAGUUGGCGCAGCAGAUCGCCGUUGAGGCCGAGCGCCUCCUUGGCGCCAAUGGCCCGUACGGCGUGCAAUGCGUCGUGGGCGGAACAAACAUCAAAUCCGACAUCCGUGAUCUUAGAAGCAAGCGCGCCGACGUACUCAUCGCCACUCCCGGCCGUCUCGUUGACCUACUUGAGAAUGCCGACAUGAAGCCCCGCUUUGGUCGCCUGGCUACGCUGGUGCUCGACGAGGCGGACCGCCUUCUUGAUCAGGGUUUCCGCCGUGAGCUACUUAAGAUUCUCGAGAGCCUUCCCAAUCGCAAGACAGUCCCUCGCCAGACGCUGCUCUUCUCCGCCACCGUUCCUGCCGAAGUACACUCGAUCUCCUCCAUCGCGCUCAACCCCGACCACGAGUUCAUCUCGACUCUCAAGGACGAGGAUAUCAACGCUCACGAGCAUGUCGUGCAGGAAUCUCUGAUCGUUCCCGCUAAGGACAUCAUUGCCGCAACCAUUGAGGUGCUUCGUCGCGAGGAGAGUCUCAGCACGGAGCGCGGCGGCUUCAAGGUCAUGGCCUUCCUUCCCACUGCUCGUGCUGCUGGUCUGUUUUACGAAUUAUUCCAGGCCCUGCGUACCAACUUCCCUGUGUGGCAGAUUCACUCGCGCAUGUCGCAAUCUAAGCGCACCAAGGCGACGGACGACUUCCGCGCUUCUCCCAACGGCGUCCUCUUCUCCUCAGACGUGACGGCCCGCGGCAUCGAUGUGCAGGGCGUCACCAGUGUCGUACAGAUCGGACUACCAGCCUCUGGCGAGCAAUACGUACACCGACUCGGACGUACUGCGCGUGCCGGAGCCAAGGGUCACGGCGUUCUGAUCAUCGCAGACUUUGAGUCCUUCUUCCUGCGCGACUCGACCAUGAAAACCUUCUCACUGCAUGACUAUCCUCCCGUUGAUGCUGAGGCGAUGGCUCAGGCGCGAACGUCGGCAAAUCGAGCACUCGCAUCCGUGGACGAGGAGGCGAAAGGUCAGGCAUACCAGGCGUGGCUGGGCUACUACAAUUCCAGCCUGAAGAAGCUGAGGUGGAGCCAGACUGACCUUGUCGCGCACGCCAACGAUUUCGCCCGUGAAGUUCUUCGGACGGAGCCCCAGGGCCCUAUGUGGGUGCCACCUGGCCUGCUCGCGAAGACGGUGGGCAAGAUGGGUCUCAAGAACGUACCCGGCCUGAACAUCCUGCGCGGGGAGAUGGCUCAGGCGCCUCAGCGGUCUGAGCAGAGACACGCUAUUCCGGGCCGCAUGGGUGACUUCAACUCAGGCAUGAAUGGCGGCACUCUGGACGGCAACCGUGGUGGACCUGGUGGAGGCAGGGGCCGAGGAGGACGUGGCGGACGCGGGAGAGGAGGUCGAGCGGCUAUAGGUCAUUGA